AAUGGAUAUCAUUAAUUACUCUUAUUCCUGGGUAGGGACUUUUUCGCCACGUCUCUAGGGGACCAAGGACCCGAUCUUGUACACGACCGCUGGCCAUCUAAUUGCGGUGACUCGAACGUCCAGUCCUUAUUACAUAGUAUCAGCGGCCAUUGCCUAUCCCCGAGGGUGCAUGAACGCGUUCGACAGAUGCAGCAAGUCAGCACCGCCGGGCUGCCGUCGCUCGGUCUUCCCGGCGACGGGAAAACCUUAUUGUCGCAUCUGGCUGCGGUGAACCGUCCGGCGUCUUGCUUGUGGGGUCUGGACAACGUAGACGACUCAUCUGUCAGGCGAGGUAUCUGCUUGGGGCGGCUUGAACAUUAUCGCUCCAGCUUCUCGCCCUGCGUACACAUUGAACUCACCACGCUUGGUCGGGGUCUCCCAUCGAUCUUUCUGAGCUGUCCUUCGGCCUUGACUCAGGGGUCCGGCGGCUCGACUAUAAUCCGGAUAUGGAGCACUUGAGCUCGGUAUGCCCCGCCCCCUCACCUUCAUGGAUCUCCUCGCCCGCCGCUGCCCCUCGUGAAUCGUCAUAGCCAUAGUGUUCGCGUGUUUGGCGCGGCUGCUGCCAGGCGCAAACUGCCGCUCCUGGGCCACAUCUCAUCCGCCUCGGACUGCGAAGUGUGCCCCUGGUUCGCUAGAUUGCGAAGCUGGCCUGUUUCCCGAUCCCCACGCUCACGCUGGGGGGAAAAAAUAACCUGGUAGGUCCCUGCUCCGCGGCAUCGGCCUUAAAUGUAUUUCCUCGCUAUAAGUCGCCCAGUCCGGAGGCGAUCUCGCACUUCGCAGUGAUUGUUGUUUCUCCCUCCGUGCUAGAUCCUAAGCUUGCAACGUCCUUGGUCCUUCAGCAUCGUUGCCCGUCUCUCGGCCUCUCAGCGUACACCCACCCUGCCGGCGAGCGCAUAUACCUGGAAAAUCCGGCUGGACUAGACUGUGGCGCGCUACAAUCUUCGGCAGACCCCCAUAUCACACAGUAGCUAAAGACCAUGCCUCUUCCUCAAGGCGUCUACCGCGCAGACCAGGUUGGGUCCUUCCUGCGUCCCAAGGUUGUCUUGUCUGCGCGCAAUGAAGCCUCGGCCGGCAAGAUCACCACCGAGGAGCUCCGCCAGGUCGAGGAUGAGCACGUUGCUGCUGUCGUCAAGAGCCAGGUUGAGAAUGGCAUCCGUGCCGUGACCGACGGCGAAUUCCGCCGCGCCUACUUCCACAUCGACUUCUGCGUCCACCUCGACGGUGUUGAGGCUCAGGGCUACAUCUCGUCGACCAACGUUACGCCCCACGGCCUGCCCACCCCCCCUCGGCUGAUUGUCACCGGAAAGCUCGGGCACCCCAAGCCGAUCCAGGUUGACGACUUCAAGUUCCUCGACACUCAACUGGAAAAGCUGGGCGUGAAGGAUUCGGUCUCCGCCAAGGUCUGCAUCCCCUCGCCUACCAUGGUGCACUUCCGCGCCGGGAGGGAGGCGAUAGACAAGGACGCCUACCCAACCCUUGAGCCGUUCUUCGAUGACCUCGUCAGGGUCUACCAAGAGGAGAUCGCGGACCUGUACGCCGCUGGCUGCCGCUUCGUCCAGCUCGACGACACCAACCUCGCCUACCUCUGCGAUGAGGGCAUGCGCAAGGAGGCCGCCGCCCGCCACGGGGUCCAGCCCGAGGAGCUCGCCGACAACUACGCCAAGCUGAUCAAUGCUGCCAUCUCGAAGCGGCCCAGCGACAUGACUAUCGGCAUCCACCUGUGCCGCGGCAACUACAGGUCUCAAUGGUUCGCCCAGGGCGGAUACGAGCCGGUCGCCGAGACCCUGUUCAAGAAGCUCGACGUCGACGUCUACUUCCUCGAGUACGACGAUGCGCGGUCUGGCGACUUCUCACCGCUGCGCCACCUCCCCGAGAACAAGAUCGUCGUCCUGGGCGUGCUGAGCAGCAAGAAGGCCGAGCUCGACGACAAGGAGGCCAUCAUCAGCCGCCUGAACGAGGCCGCCAAGUACUGCCCCAGGGGCCUGGAUCAGCUGUGCCUCUCGCAUCAGUGCGGGUUCAGCUCCACCAUGGAGGGCAACGACCUGAGCCAGGAGGAGCAGUGGGCAAAGAUCAGGCUGGAGACGGAGAUUGCUAAGGAGGUCUGGGGUGAUGACCUGUCGAAAUAGGCGGCAUGACGGGUUUUUGCACGAGCGAUGAAUUGAGGAGCAUUUAGCAUAUGGUUGCUUCAACAGCGACCCGUAAUCUGGAUUUUACUAAUCAGGCAUUGAUUGUGUCGUAAUAAUACCCAGACCCAGAAGUGGUCGUGUCUGCGGUGCAGCUCGUCCACAGGUCGUAUGCUGCAUUCCCACUCUCGUGUUGCGCCCUGGCCGGUAUCUGGGCAAGACACUUCAGUUGAAGAAUUGUCUGAAGUCUCUAUGCCCGUGAUGCCGCGCCGGGCACAAGCCUAGAUCUAACCACCCUACACAUCCAAAUGUUCCAUACGAUUUAGCAUACUCCGCUCCUGAUGUCGAUACGCUCCAGGGUUUCCAAGCCCUUCAUCUCGAUAGUUCUUCCAGAUGAACUUGAACGAUUC